AUGAGCGACGAGCCAGAAUACCGGGGCCAAGUGAUCAUCUACACGAUCGUGGGAUGCGGGCAAUGCAUGCGUGCCAAGCGGAUCUUGAGCCAACGCCGAGUCCCAUACACUGAUAUUUCGUUGGACAGUUUUCCCCAGUGCCACACCGAAAUGACGGAGCGCGCUGGUGGCGAUCCGACGGUUCCCCAGAUCUUUUUCAAUGGCAUCCAUAUCGGUGGGGCGGAAGAGCUGGAGGAACUGGUGCACGACCAGCGGAACUGGGAAUCGCUGCUCGAGAUUGUGCGGACCGAGGAGAGCUCGAACGGCCCGGCGUUGCCAUCGCCCGACCAGGCCGUCGACAUUUUGGAUGAGAACGCAAAUGGAAGCCCGAAUGAUGUGUUCCUCUGGAUACCCGAUGAAUAUACAAAAAUUGUGGCCGACAUGAAGAAAGCCAAUAUUAUCAAGGAUAAUCGCGUCGGCAUCAUCAAGCAGUACAAGAAUUCCUUCAAAGGCCAGGACUUUAUCGAUUGGAUUAUGAGGGAGCGAUCGAUCAAAAAAUCGGAAGCGCUUGAAAUCGGGCAAGAGCUGAUCGAUCGUCAUUUUGGGCAGCAAACGAGCAAGGAAAGAGGAGAGACGUUUAGCCCGGAUAGGUACUACCAACUUGUUGAGGACGACGAGAACAAGCCCCUAAAUGCCGGCUACAUUGGGGUUGAUGCUCACACCGAUGCGGCCAUUGGCGUCGAAGACUAUAACAACAAUUUGGCGUCUAUUAUCCAAGCGAUUUAUGACGAUAUUUUGAGCGAAGAUAAAUCGACAGUCUACUAUCAUAAGCUCGUCGACAACGAACACUUUAACAAAUUCCUUUCCUACAUCCGGGACCUCAGCCGCGUCGAUCUGACGACGUCCACGCCAGACCAGAGAUUGGCCCUACUCAUAAAUGUCUACAAUAUGAUGACUAUUCAUAUUACCCAGCGCUUCGGGCCCCCGGUCGGCGUUUGGCAGCGCAGAAAAAUGUUCAACAGCACCUACUACAUAAUUGGUGGCCACAAUUAUUCGUUGAACUCAAUUUUGAACGGGGUACUGCGAGGCAAUAGGAAAGGCGCCAGCUAUCUGUGGAAGCCGUUUGGGAAGCAGGACCAGAGACUGCCGUUAAUAAUCGAAGGCGGUGAGCCGCUAUCCUUUUUCGGGCUGAAUAACGGGAGCCGACACUCUCCACCCCUCAGAGCCUAUUCCACAGCUAAUAUUCGCGAAGAGUUGCUCGUGCAGGCCCGUCUUUGCUUGGAAAGCGAUGACUAUUUACGGCUGGAGGGGAAGAAAAAUGUCAUCUACCUCAGCAAAAUAUUCAAAUGGAAUGCAGAGGAUUUUGGCAAUACCCCGGAAAAAAUCAUGGAAUGGAUUGCGGAGGCGCUGCAGGGCUGUGAAUCUGAGAAGGCCAAGACCGUCAUAAAAAGAUUUUACACUGGCGAAUAUACGGUGGAUUAUAUUCACUAUGACUGGACGUUUAAUGGAACUGAACGGAACAAUAAUAGCCGGCCGAAACCGAGGAUCGAACGGCCCGAAUUGCUAAAAGGCCUCGAAGCCUCCGCUCAAAAUAGCCCUACGACGACCGGGAUCCUAGACCCGAUGAGUCCGCAAUACGAUUUCGAAUGCUCAUACAAAAUG